CAGCCUUGAGUAACGGGAUAAAUUUCUGUGCAACUGCACUCUUUAUGUUUUCUUAAAAUAUUUGUAUGUAUAAACCAUGUUUGUGAGUGCUAAAAAUUGUGCAAUAGACACCACCAUGUCGACCUGCGAUUCUGAUCUGGAGAGCCACAAUGGCGGCAUCGAUCUGACCUCUAAGAAACCGCGCCAAACUGCAUCCGCUGACGUUGCGAGCGUCUGCAAGGGAUUCCUAACCACAUAUAGGGAAUACUGCUCCCACACCUCCUUGCACGGUGUGCAGUACCUGGGCGAGCAUCAGCGACCGAUGCGGGAGAGGAUCUUUUGGCUGUGCGCCUUUGUGAUCUCCAUUUACGGCUGUGCCACGUUGAUUGUCAGCGCUUACACCAAGUGGACGGAGACGCCUGUGAUUGUCAGCUUUGCGGAGAAAUCAACUCCCGUGUGGAACAUACCCUUUCCCGCCAUCACAGUCUGCUCCGAGACCAAGCGAGUGCUGAAAGCGAAAGGCAAGGAGACUACGUUUGCGGAUCUUUACAGUCAGUUCAAUAAUGAGAUGCGUUCUUCGCGCGUAUUCAAGCCGCAAAACAUUAGCGCCCGGGAGAUGGAGGAGUUUCGCACUCUUCUCCAUGUGUGCAACACGCAAAUCAUUGAUCAGGCCAUGCCGCUGAUUGCCGGCGACGAUGUCGACUACUUUGAUGUGCUGGAACGAAUGUUGCCCCAGUUUGAUCGGUACUUCUUCUACUGCCGCUGGCUGAGCCGCUUCAGUGAAUGCGACAAGUUCUUCCGCAAAACGCUGACGGAGGAGGGCAUAUGCUUCACUUUCAACGGCCUGAGGGCCACCGACAUUUACAGGGAAGACACCUACCAGUAUCGGCACAGUGCCGAUGCCUUGGAAAUGGAGAAUAUCAGCUCGCACACGGCCUGGUCGCUGGAAACGGGCUAUGAUCUGGAGAGUGAUGUGAUCACGUAUCCGGCCCGCGUGCUCAGUGCCGGGGCUCGGUCGGGCAUCUUUCUGGCCCUGCAGAGCUUCAAGCAGGAGGUAGACUAUGCUUGCCGAGGGCCUGUUCAAGGUUUUAAAGUUCUGCUGCAUGCCCCGGACGACGUGCCGCAGGUCUCGAAGCAAUUCGUGCGCAUUCCCAUGGGCAAGGAGGUCCUCAUUGCGGUCAAACCAAGCAUGAUUACCAUGUCCUCGGGCAUUGCCGAGUACCAUCCGCUGCGGCGCCAGUGCUUCCUCAGCCAUGAGCGGUCCCUGCGCUUCUUCAAGGUAUACACCGAGUCCAAUUGUCAGCUUGAGUGCUUGGCCAACUUCACGCUGACCAAGUGCGGCUGCGUAAAGUUCUCGAUGCCCAGGAACAUGGAUAUGCCGGUGUGUGGCGAGGAUAAAAUCUAUUGCUACGAUCGGGCCGAGCGGGAGCUGCUCGUGAGGGAGUUCCAUCGGGUGAAAGCACUGAAUGCGGCCAGAGAGGAUCCACGGGGAGUGGAAUCGGCUUGCAAUUGCAUGCCGGCGUGUACUUCUUUGGUCUACAACACGGAAAUAUCACAGGCGAACUUUGAUCUAGAAGAAAUGCUGCUUGCCGAAGGCGACACUGACUUCAUGGAGGAAUAUCCCGGCUCCCAGAUGUCUCGGCUCUCCAUCUACUUCAAGCAGAGCCAGUUCAUCACCUCGAAGCGGUCCGAGCUGUACGGCAUAACCGAGUUCCUGGCCAAUUGUGGCGGUAUUUUCGGCCUCUUCAUGGGCUUCUCCAUACUCAGCCUGGUGGAGAUGAUAUACCACUUUACCUUGCGUUUCUGCACUAACAUGAAACACUUGGUUAAAGUGGAGGAAUAAUUCGAGGAAAAUUAAGAUGUUCGCUGUGCCUGAACCACGCGAAUGUUGUCCAGGGCAACAGUGAACAAAUCUUAUCUCAUUUCGUUUAAUUUAUUGUUUUAAUAUUAUUUGUUAAUUAUAUUAUCUGUUCCUUUGUAUAAAUAUAUGUA